GGUUAAGGGAAAGCGCCGAGAUGACGGGCUUUCUGCUGCCGCCCGCAAGCAGAGGGACUCGGAGAUCAUGCAGCAGAAGCAGAAAAAGGCAAACGAGAAGAAGGAGGAACCCAAGUAGCUUUGUGGCUUCGUGUCCAACCCUCUUGCCCUUCGCCUGUGUGCCUGGAGCCAGUCCCACCACGCUCGCGUUUCCUCCUGUAGUGCUCACAGGUCCCAGCACCGAUGGCAUUCCCUUUGCCCUGAGUCUGCAGCGGGUCCCUUUUGUGCUUCCUUCCCCUCAGGUAGCCUCUCUAUCCCUGGGCCACUCCCGGGGAUGAGGGGGUUACCCCUUCCCAGUGCUUUUUAUUCCUGUGGGGCUCACCCCAAAGUAUUAAAAGUAGCUUUGUAAAAAAAAAAAAAAAAAAA